CAUCAGGUCCAAAUCCAAAUUUCGAGCUUCCUCUUCUCAGUCCUUCUCAACACCUUCACACCUCACCUUGCGGAGCCGUCGUGUUCGAAAACUACUUGGGCGCUUCAUUUCGACGCAAAGCGCCCCUCUGGUACCGCUGGUCUUGUCACCAGUCGCAGUCAACCAGGGUUCGAAAUCGCUUACAGGGGUCCGGAGAGGUCCAUUGCUGAUGAUCGUCUGGAAUCCCAACUGCUCUUCUCCGCCUGACUGCUAUUAUCGUGGGGAAUGCGAACCCCAUUGCGAUCGCAUCGAGUCGGUGAACUAAACGAAAAUACAUGCCUGGCAAGCUGGACCCAUGGCGCCGGUAGGAGCUCAGGAUUUCGACGACUUCGGCCUGCCCAUCAGGAAAUACGUCAGCCCUAGUCCGGAGACCGGCCCAGAGAAGCAGCCAGAAAACCUAAACAACGCACCCGCUCCGGCGAUAGGCAAGGACGUGAGGAAGGAAAAGGUCGAUGCGACUGAGGAGAUCAAGACGACGGAAGCGAGCUUGAAGUCGUCUCCCAGCCAGCCGGCGAAAUCAAACGGAACCUCCGCCGCUACCAGUGACGAUGACAAUUUCCAAGAUGCACGCUCUACCCCCUUGCGAGAGACCGCGCCACCCAUCAAGCUGCAAGACGCCGACGAAUCCAAAACGCCCGCGCCCUCGCAAUCCGAGAUAGGAAAGCAGACCGAUGCUCCGAAAGAUAAACUGAGCGACGGCUUGUACUCGUAUGAGACAGAGUCUCCGCAAGAUCACAAGCGUAAAUAUACCCCUAGCAAAGAUGUGCAGGCGAUCUCGGGCCCAACGAUCAGGGAGAUCCAAACCCGCAAGCACGUCGACGAAACAAAGGGGGCCUCUCACCACGCCGACCACACACGAGGCGCUAGCGUAGCUAGCACGAACCAUGACCUCUCCGAGUACUCCCAUCAGCAGAUACCGGACCACCAUGAGAAGGAGAAGAAGGAUGAAGAUGAGGAGUGGCAGACGAUGCCGUCCUACGCGCCUUAUGAUAUAUAUGACGACGACAAUAAACUUGUGGCCAAGGAACACAAUCCUGAUGAAGACGAUACGUAUGGGUAUGCGGGUCUCGGCGGCGCUGGUAAGGGGUAUACGAGGGUCUUAGAUGAUGAGGAUGCCGAGUCAGAAACGAGUAUGGAUGACAACACGCGCUAUCUCUUUAAAACUGGCAAGACCACGAGUCUAACGGAACUGGAUGAUGAGCAACGAGAUACCGUCUCGCAGCUACAGGCCACCAAGGAUUUAUUAACUGAAGGGCAGAGGAUAGCUUAUGUUGGCGUCACCCGUUUAGAGCUUUCGGAGAUGGUCAAGGAGGCAGAACGUGUCGAGAGACUAAACAAGGUCAAGAAGGAGGUUCGGAUGGCGGUCGAAGCGAUGAAGAUGUGGUCACAAAAGAUCAUGAUCCGUCUAUAUGCUCACAUGGAAAUCAGUCCCGCCGAGCAGGUAAUGAUUGAGCAGUUGGCUGAACAUGGAGUCAUGCCCAAGGAUCUCACGCCGGCCCUCAUGCAGAACGCGAGGGUGAAGAACCCGAUGGCGGAGCAGACGCCCGCCUCGACCCCAAGGCUACCAUCGAGAAGCCCGCGGUCGUCCGUUUCGACAUCUAUCACGGAGGAGCAGACCGCGGAACCGCCUCCACCAUACGUCAGCCACGAGGGCGAGGAGAUGCCGGAAGUGAGGACACCCUCGCAGCUACCUAGCACCGAAAAGAUUGAUAUAGACCUACGGUGGACCGUCCUUUGCGACCUCUUUCUAGUAUUGAUCGCGGAUUCCAUCUACGACUCACGCUCUCGAGUCCUCCUCGAACGAGUGGGCAAAGACCUAGAGGUGCCUUGGCUGGAUAUCUGUAGAUUUGAAAAACGAGUCACCGAUGCGUUAGAGAUGCAGCAGCAGGCCGAGAAAGAGAACUGGAACGAGGGGGAGCAUCUCGAGAACCGGAGGAAACUUGCCCUCAAACGGCGCUACGUUAUGAUGGGCUUGGCCACCGUUGGAGGUGGUCUGGUCAUCGGUCUCUCCGCCGGGCUCCUAGCGCCUCUCAUCGGCGCUGGCCUUGCCGCCGGCUUUACGACUAUCGGGGUUGGUGGCACAAGCUCCUUUCUAGCGGGGGCCGGGGGAGCUGCUCUCAUCACCUCCGGCGCUGCAGCCUCUGGUAGUUUUAUGGGCGGAAAGGCGGCGAACCGACGAACCGGGGCUGUCAAGACAUUUGAGUACCGCCCGCUGCAUAAUAACAAACGCGUCAAUCUGAUCGUAACCAUUUCUGGAUGGAUGACUAGCAAGGUCGACGAUGUCCGUCUACCGUUCAGCACCAUCGAUCCGGUAAUGGGUGACAUCUAUUCGAUCCUAUGGGAGCCAGAGAUGUUGACCAGCAUGGGUGACACCAUGAACAUUCUAGCAACGGAGGCUCUUACCCAAGGUCUACAGCAAGUGCUAGGCAGCACUAUUCUCAUUACUCUAAUGGCUGCUCUACAGUUGCCAGUUGUCCUUUCAAAACUGGCAUAUCUCAUCGACAAUCCUUGGGCUGUGUCCCUGGAUCGCGCCUGGGCCGCUGGUCUCAUCCUCGCCGACUCGCUCAUCGACAGAAACCUAGGCACUAGACCCAUUACCUUGGUGGGCUAUUCUCUCGGCUCGCGGGUUAUAUUCGCCUGCCUCCUGGAGCUCGCUCGAAAAGGCGCUUUCGGGCUCGUCCAGAACGUCUAUAUUUUUGGUUCCCCGAUCGUAGUGAAGAAGGAGGAAUUCCUUAGGGCUCGUACCGUCGUCGCCGGCCGAUUCGUGAACGGGUUCAACAGAACCGAUUGGAUUCUCGGCUACCUGUUUCGCCUAACCAACGGUGGUAUCCGCCGAGUAGCAGGCCUAGCCUCUAUAGAUGACAUCCCUGGCUUAGAAAAUCUCGAUUGCACGGAGUUUGUGGUCGGCCACAUGGACUAUCGUACAGCAAUGCCUAGGCUCCUGAGAGAAUGCGGGUGGCUUGUCGAGAGCGACGAGUUCGGUGAAAUAGAGGACCCCGAUCCGGAUAACCAUAGAGAGCGGCAACGGGAGCUCAUCAACGAGAUUGAAGAAGCCCGCAGAGAAAUGGAAAAAGAAGAGGCGUCGAAGAAAGGAGGUUGGGGCAUCUUUAGUCGUAGAAAGAAAGCCGCACGCCAGGAAUGGGAAGUUUACGAGGACAGCAAAGGAUCGGAAUCGACCAAGACGGAAGACAAGGAAGGCAAUAACCACGGCGUCUUGUUCGACGUCGAUGCGAUCAGAGCCGAAUUGGCGAAGGAGGAGAAGGAGAUACAAGUUAAGGAGAUAAAGUCCACACUACCGCCGAUGAAGCUCGAUCUGUCUCCGCCCCCUAUAAGCAACCCGAGGAGUAGCCUUCGCGAGGCGAAGAGCGACGACGGCGCUUCCAGUUUUAAGACCUCCUCUUACGAAUAUCGGUUGUCGCAGGAGCACACGCCCACAUUACCGCAUCGGGCCGGGCUCGGUACUGAUCCCCCACGUAAGCCCAUAGACGACGACGACGACGAAAUCCAGAUGACAUUCGAUACCGCCUACACAGCAGAUUCCUCCGGAAGCCCACAGGUGGGAAACACAGGCUAUACGUCGGGAAGCGUCCUAACGCCCCCGCCCGCGCGGCCGGAGGCGAAGACUACCCAGACGAUGCCGAACCUCACGCUAGCGGACCCGUGGGCAGAUGACGAUGACGAUUUCGGCAAGGAAAAGGAGAUCUCAAUGACAUUCGCGUAGUCUAUGCUAUGCCAGAACGGUUUGUCCGGGGCGGCGUCUCUCGAUAAAGCUUACCCGAGGAUCUAUCUCGCCUUGCCUCUCCUUUCAUCUCCUGGGGUUCUUUUGCUUAGAGACGCUUGUUCGUACUGGGCUCUGUUUUCCGGCGCUCUAUACGGGUUUGGUCAUCCGCUAUCUCGGGCUUCUCUCCCCUCUUGUUCCCCCCCCGGUGGCGUGCGUGUAUGCGUCGGCCAGGAGCAAGGGGAGGAGUGACAACGCGUAUGAAUGUGGCGUUUUUGCGUUUAUUCGCGCCGCAGAUGCUCCUU